UAGGUUUUGCUUUUUCCUUCUCUAUUUCGUUGGGUCUUCGGCCUUCGCAUGAGUGGAGAGUUUUGCACGAGUUCUUCUUCGUUGCUGUUCCUCUUUGCUCCUUCGACGCCUGCUGUAUCGGAAGAAACAACGGAAGCUCGCUUGCUGUGAAGAAUUGAAAAAUAAAAAAGAACGAUGCUUCCCUUCCUUCCUCCCUUUCCAAACCAAAAUCAGGUGCAAGGAGGAAACGAUCCAUCUCCCAAUCAGUUCCAGAUAUCCUCAAGCGCUGCCCUGCCCAACCAAUUCGGCUUCAAUAAUCCUCAGAUUUUGAUGCCAGCGAUGAGAGGCUUUAACAACCAGAACGCUGUUUUGGGCACUUUGCUUGCUCAGCAUCAGCUGAUGCAGGGGCUGCAAAAUAAUUUUAUGGGCGCGCUUUUACAACAGGGCAUUAUGCCCCAAUUCAAUGGGCAGCAACUUAAUCUUCUUGGUGCUCUCCAAAGCCCAAACUUCAUGUCUUUACAACAAGCAGGACUUUUAGGCAGGCCGCCUAUGGGUCAGAAUAUGAACCAGAUGAUGGGAUUUUCACCAAAUGGAUUGCUAUGCUCGCAAAACCCUAUCUUUCCUCCAAAUUCUCGGUUACCACUGAUAAACUCUGGUAAUUCCAAUCCUGGAUUCUUGGGAAAUGACAACACACAUGUUGGGCAGAGUUUAAGUAGUUCGACAGGUCUGGAAACUCAGAUAGCCAACCAGACAUUACAAAAACCAAUCUUGCCAAGUCCACUUCAGGAUAAUAAAUCCAACGAACGGCAGUGGCCUCAGUUGAAGCACGGUCAAGCUGGUGGAAAGUAUUUUUCAAGUAACUCCUCUGAGAAUGUUGCUAGCAAUAAUUUCAAGCCAAAAUUUAAUGACCAAUGGAAGAGGAAGUCAUCACAUAUGAGACUCCAAAAAUCUCAGUCAUACAAUUCAAGAAAUACUUGGCAAAAGGAGAGACCAUUUACCAGAAAUAAUCAAAGAGGACAUCGCAAGAGGAAAGAGAAAAAUACUAAUUUCUCAGAGAGCAGCGAUAAUAUAUCUACAAUGCGUAAGAGGCCCCUUUCUGUAGUAUACAGUGAAAGUGAAAUCCAGCAGUGGCGUGAGGCACGCAAGAAGAAUUUCCCUACCAGAACUAACAUUGAGAAGAAGCUGAGCCCAAGCAAGGAAGACAUAGAUUCACGUGCUAAAGUACGCCGGCAGCAACUAAAGGAAGUUCUAGCAAAACAGGCAGAACUCGGAGUUGAAGUCGCUGAAAUACCUUCAAUCUACCUUACUGAACCAGAAGAUCAAGCAUCGAAAAAUGUGAAUGUUAGUGAAGCAUUAAAUACAAAUAUUGAAACUAAAUGCAAACUUUCAACUAGCAAAAAGAGAGGUAGGUUCCGAAGCAAUAAGAGAAAUGCCAAAAGGCUGAAGUUUAGGAAUGAGGCAGCCCUUUCUCAUGAACCAGUUGUCAAGAGGAGGGAACCAACCCUUCUGCGGAAGCUUCUGAAUGGUGAUAUAAGGCACGAUAAGUGUCAAUUACUGCAAGCUUUCAGAUUCAUGGUUCUUAAUACUUUCUUCAAUGGAGUGCCUGAUAAGCCUUUGUUAUUCCCAAUAGUCACAACAAAAGAUGGUGUGCUUGAGCCAGAGGUGUUUCUGGAGAAGAAACCAUUUCAAGAUAGGAUAGAUUCUGAAGCUAAUUUACUAGCCAAGAAUGGAAGUGAUGAAGAGGUUGAGACAGCAAAAUAUUCAACUGUAGUUGGAGCUGUAAAGGGGGAGUGUGAUGAGGAUAAUGACUUUGAUGAUGCUAGUGAUGUAGUAUGUGAAACUAUUGGCGAGGAUUUCAUCUUACAUGAUGGUGAUAAAUCUGAGGAAGGAGAGAUCACUAAUUAGCAGGGAGAAUUUAAUUAACAAACUUAAUAAGCUUUACUAUUAUGAAAGGUUCAAUCAAAAUGGGCAAGGAGGCUAAUGGAGAGGAAGCUGUUGUGUAUUGCUUUUGUAAUUUCUGUUUUUGUAUUAUAAUUUUGAAUUUAUUUUUGUUCUCUCUCUCUCUCUCUUAUGCAUUUAAGAUGCACUUGGUGAUGAUGAACAUAUAACUCUCUGAUGAUUCUAUCAUCAUCAUGAUAUUUUGUGCAUUUUUGUCACCUUGCUGUUAAUUAUAGAAACUCAAAGAAGAGAGUUGUUAGAGUGCUCCAAAUUUGUGUUGAAGCUCCAGCAUUUUAUGAAGUUAACAGAAGGCUCCCAGCUGUUACAAUUUCUCA